AUGUAUUUAUUUGUCGAAUAGUCUUUAAUUAACUUGUUUGGUAUUUGAUGGACAUUAUUAUCUCUAUUAGCAAUAUUAAUUAAGAACACUUCAAAUUGCUUCAAACAUAUCAAUAGUGACAUAUGUGAGCAGAACUUAGUUGAAUAAAACUAGAAAUAACAGUAUCACCUCAAUAAUAAGCAAUUAAACUAUCGCUAAACAUUAGUCUACGUCGUGUGAAUGUAAUAAGUGUAAUAAUGUAGUGAUUAAGUGUUUAGAGCUAGCGACGGAAGUAAAAAUUUAUAGGAAUGAACUCAAAAUGUAGAUCGCUUAACCUCAAACAAUAGACGCUUUGCAUUCUUUCGAUUCUUGUCAACGCAAAAAAUAAUUCAUUUCUACGAUGAAAUAGUUGGUUUGCGUUCGUUCCCAGUUCGCAAUAAUGUGGCCGAUUCUCCUGGACAUGACCAAGGAAGAAUCCAUGCAACAUUUGAGAUGUUUGGAAAUCGACGCAUUUUCCGGCUUGCUGAAUGCGCUGCGGGCCCAAGGAGGUCUGGAUCCGGUGAAGCUGAACCUACUCAGGGAGACAAGCAGUUUGCUGCACAUAUCACAGGAGAGACACAAGGCUGAAAUCCGGCGAGUUGUCAAUGAUGAGAGACUCAACACCAUUGCAUACCAUGUGAAUGGCGAGCGACAUUGCGGCGAGGAAUGGGCUGAUGAAGGGCAGAGACUCAUUCCGUUAUUACCCAGAGUCGCGCCACAAACAGCGUAUUCCGCAAUCGCCGAUGAAGUAGCAGAUGUCACCAGUAAACUCAACAAGCAAUUACCGCUGCCUGCCUCAACAGAGCGAAAACGUCUGGCGGUACCAUCGCCAACAAUCGCUGCGAGUGCUUCCUCCAGUGGAUCAGUUGCUCCGAAUAUUUAUCGUGGUGUUGAAGUAGAUAGAAAGAGGAAACAUUCGUUAAGUUUGGAAAAUUGCAUGUUGGCUCAGCAUCUGAUGGCCCCGCCGAAGAUUAGCCAAAUUCAACAAAUUUACAGACAAAGAAGUAAAAGUAGACUUAAAGAACAACUGGUUCGGCUGAAAUCUCAGGAACAACCAGAAACACCACCUAAUCGGCUACAUAAAACUGUGCCAACACCAACGCCGAAAAUCAAUAUCCUACAAAACAUCACAACAUCCUUACCACAUAGAUCAGUGUCCACACCUACAACUACAACUAAUCCAGAUAAGAGAUUUGAGAAAGAAUUUCUUGAAUCAACUCCUUCCACAGCUGUGGUAACAAGUACAUCGAAAACAAUCACAACCACAGACGGACAGAAACUAAUCGUUGUUUCUACGCAUGCAAAUCACAAUCUCUCACCAACGCCGAGUAUCCUUCAACGAACACUCACCACCAUUCCCUUUAAGAGGCUUGGCGUUAAUCCAAAGUUUAGAAUUGUGCCUAAGGCCACUAAUGUGGUGACGAAUGUUCUGCCCAACUGCACGCCAUCGAAUGCCAAGAAAAUAAUUCCUAUGUCAAAGGUGCAAGUGCUCAACACCAAGACAGGCUUUAAAGUUUUACCAUUAAAUACAAAAAUUGCAGUUAAAGAGGUAAAAAAUCAGGUGGAAAUCACCCAUGAGGUUAAUGGUGUUACUAACGUGGAUGAUAACGUAGAAAAAUCACAUUGUGAUAAUGGUAUUGAUAAUUCCACAGAAGAAAACAUUGAGUUUGAGGCAGAUGGAGAUGUUUUAGCUCAAAAUGAGACUGUAGAAAGCGCAGAAAACCAUUUUAAUGAUAUUCCUGCUGAAGAAAUGGAAAUUAUCGAGGAUAUUACCCACACUGAGGUGGAUUGUGUACAGGAGCAGGUAAUAGAAGACAUCCCUCUGGAACAAACCGAGAUUUUUGAAGAAUUCCCAGAGAAAACCGAGAUGGAUUCAUCGGUGUUUAUUUAUGGUGAAAAUGACAAUGAAAGCGAAGAAGUGAUAAUCGACGGGAUGGCCAGCGAAGGCGAAUCGCUGGAAGUAUUAAACGCAGUGCACGCACUCGAUGAAAGUUUCCCGAACACGAAGAACGUGCGCAGCUAAAGUCGAUUCCAACUAGGUUUGCAUGUGCUAAACUAAUGAAAUAAUCGAAUAAGUAAUUUUCUACUAAUAAAUAAUUCAACUAUUCUGGGUGCAUUGAUGGGCGCAUAACUAAUUAUUUAUUUAACAAUUGUAUGCUGGCACGAAUUAACACUACUAAGCUAUGAUGAAUGUGAAUGUUUAAAAAUGUAAAAGACAUAACCUGUACAAACAACAUAAUGAUCUGCGCUCUUUGUAUGUAUCUAGUAAACACGUAGCUAACUUAUUUUUAAUCGACAAACCACGCAGAAUUGGGUGAUGAACAAAAAUUUAUUGUAUAUGUCGUAGCUAACGGGGAGAAAUCUCAACAACUCAUCAAUUUGCACUUGUUAAGUUUUACCACCCAUAGGAAAAAUGGAAAUAACAAUCGAUGUCUUCAUCUCGGCUAAGUUCAUUGUUGUAAAUAUAUUUUUUAUAUAAUUAGUCGGUUUUUCAUCGUCUCGAAGUGACAGCAGAUGUGAAAUAUUUAUUAUUUUAAUUUUUAAUACUAUAUUAGUAUUGCUCAAAUGGCCAAUCGUAAUUAUAAAUAUAAUAUUACAAAAACAAA